UAUUCAAUCAGUAAUGGAAGUUGUUCUUGCAAUCAAAGGGAGACCAAUAGGGGGCUCUCUCACGCUUUUCCUUAUCUUGGUAGCCAUGGAAACAGACCCAGCAAAUGAACACGGUUGCUUUCUUUGAACAGAUUAAUACUUCGGGCAAUAAUGGAAGAUCAUCGCCCUCCAUCUCGUCUUAAUUUACCGCCAGAAUCGUGUGAACUUGUCAAAAACAUGCGCAGGAGAGACUACGACCAGCCCGAAAACCGCAUCAAGUGGGUCGCAGCCCAGGACUUCACCGUGGAAGUCGGCAAAGAGCAAAUUGGGAAGUAUAUUCGAACGUGGAAGCUGCAACCCCGCUGGAUUUACAGCCUGGACUGCUUCUGCUCGACUGAAGACGACCACCAAACCCACUACCACUACCGGGCACGCUUCAGCAGUCCGUCGGCGCAGAGGCCAAUUCAGGGCACGGCGAGCGUCUACUUCGCCGUCGAAGUAUCGAAAGCUGGAGCACAAACCGACCCUGUCGGGGUGCACUUCGUAGUGGAGUCGAACAGGCUGGUACACACGCCAGGUUGGACCCGCUUCACUGACAAGUGGCUGGUGGAUAUUAUUGAGAAGAAAAAUGCUCUCAGGGAAGCAAUUCUAUUGUGACAAUACAGUGUAUCGAUUUUUUUGGAACCCGUCAGAACACUCGAGGCAGACAUCUACGGCGCUCACCAGUGAAUGGAAACUGUCAAAAUGGAGCGAAAACGCAUCGGCAAAAGCUACUUAGAUGUUGAGUCGUGACUAGACCAUCGACACCCCGUUCCGUAAUUACACACAAGUUUACA